CCGGCCCGAGGAGGAGUUUUCUGCCUGAAAUCUGCCACAGGGCUGCUCUCUUCUCCACUUCACUCCCAGCCAGUCUCUACCUGCACAGCCAGCAUGGCGACCCCUCUCACCGACCAGGAGAAGCGCAAGCAGAUCAGCAUCAGGGGCAUCGUGGGGGUGGAGAACGUGGCGGAGCUGAAGAAGGGCUUCAACCGUCACCUGCACUUCACCCUGGUCAAAGACAGGAACAUCGCAACGCCCCGGGACUACUACUUCGCCCUGGCCCACACAGUGAGAGACCACCUGGUCGGGCGCUGGAUCAGGACGCAGCAGUUUUACUAUGUGGCAGACCCCAAGAGGGUGUACUACCUGUCUCUGGAGUUCUACAUGGGCAGGACGCUCCAAAACACAAUGAUCAACUUAGGACUGCAGAACGCCUGCGACGAAGCCAUCUAUCAGCUGGGCCUGGAUAUGGAGGAGCUGGAGGAGAUGGAGGAGGACGCAGGGCUGGGGAACGGCGGUCUGGGCAGGCUGGCAGCGUGCUUCUUGGAUUCCAUGGCCACGCUGGGCCUUGCAGCAUACGGUUAUGGCAUUCGAUACGAAUAUGGGAUCUUUAACCAGAAGAUAAGAGACGGCUGGCAGGUGGAGGAAGCAGAUGACUGGCUCAGACAUGGGAACCCCUGGGAGAAGGCCCGUCCUGAGUACACUCUGCCAGUUCACUUCUAUGGGCGUGUAGAGGAGACCAGAGACGGCCCCAAAUGGGUUGACACUCAGGUUGUGCUGGCAAUGCCCUACGACACACCCAUUCCAGGCUACAUGAACAACACCGUAAACACCAUGAGGUUGUGGUCUGCUCGUGCACCCAAUGACUUCAACUUGAAGGACUUUAAUGUUGGAGAUUACAUCGAGGCGGUUCUGGACAGAAACCUGGCUGAGAACAUCUCCCGUGUUCUCUACCCGAAUGACAAUUUCUUUGAGGGAAAGGAACUUCGUCUGAAGCAGGAAUACUUUGUCGUGGCGGCCACACUCCAAGAUAUCAUUCGUCGCUUCAAGACCACAAAGAAUGGAGGCCCGGGUCGCACCUCCUUUGAGGGCUUCCCAGAAAAGGUGGCCAUCCAGCUGAACGACACGCAUCCUGCUAUGGCCAUCCCCGAGCUGAUGAGAGUCUUUGUUGACAUCGAGAAACUGGACUGGGACACGGCCUGGGACCUGACCAGGCGCACGUUCGCCUACACCAACCACACGGUGCUCCCUGAGGCUCUGGAGCGCUGGCCCGUGGAGCUCCUGGAGAAUCUGCUGCCCAGACACCUGCAGAUCAUAUACCAGAUCAACCAGGCCCACCUGGACAAGAUCGCAGCCCUCUACCCGAAGGACAUCGACAAGCUCAGGAAAAUGUCUCUGAUCGAGGAGGACGGAUGCAAGAGGGUGAACAUGGCCCACCUGUGCAUCGUGGGGUCUCACGCCGUCAACGGAGUCGCUCAAAUACACUCCAACAUCAUCAAGACGGAAGUAUUUCGGGAUUUCAGUGAUUUGGAGCCAGGAAAGUUCCAGAACAAAACCAACGGCAUCACUCCCAGGCGCUGGCUGCUUCUCUGCAACCCCGGACUGGCUGAGCUUAUUGCCGAGGUCAUUGGGGAGGAUUAUGUGAAGGACCUCAGCCAGCUGACGAAGCUGAAUGACUUUGUUGAUGAUGUUGCCUUCAUCCGUGACGUCUCUAAAGUUAAACAGGACAACAAGGUGAAAUUUGCUCAGUACCUCGAGAAGGAAUACGGAGUGCAAAUUAACCCAUCCUCCAUGUUUGACGUCCACGUGAAGAGAAUCCACGAGUACAAGCGGCAAGUCCUCAACUGCCUGCACAUCAUCGCCAUGUACAACCGCAUCAGGAAGAACCCCACUACGCCAUUUGUACCACGGACAGUGAUCAUUGGCGGAAAGGCUGCCCCAGGUUAUCACAUGGCCAAAAUGAUCAUCAAGCUGAUCACAUCAGUGGCCGACGUGGUGAACAAUGAUCCCAUGGUGGGAAACAAACUGAAGGUCAUCUUCUUGGAGAACUACAGAGUUUCUCUUGCAGAGAAAGUGAUCCCGGCCACAGAUCUGUCGGAGCAGAUCUCCACGGCGGGCACAGAGGCUUCAGGUACGGGCAACAUGAAGUUCAUGCUGAAUGGGGCUCUGACCAUCGGCACCAUGGACGGAGCCAACGUGGAGAUGGCCGAAGAGGCCGGGGAGGAGAACCUCUUCAUCUUUGGCAUGAGGGUGGAUGAUGUGAACGAGAUGGACAAAAAGGGGUAUGAUGCCAUGGAAUACUACAACAGCAUUCCUGAGCUGAAACAAGUGAUGGAUCAGAUCACAAGUGGAUAUUUCAGCCCCAAAAAUCCAAAGCUUUUCAAAGAUCUCACUGAAAUGCUGUUCAAAUAUGAUCGGUUCAAAGUGUUUGCAGACUUCGAGGACUAUUUGAAAUGCCAAGAAAAAGUCAGCAAACUCUAUCAGAACCCAGUUGAGUGGACAAAGAUGGUGAUCAAGAACAUUGCAGCGACCGGAAAGUUCUCCAGCGAUAGAACCAUCGCAGAGUACGCAACGGAGGUGUGGGGCGUGGAGCCAACCGACCUGAAGAUCCCGCCGCCAAGCGAGCCCAGAGAGGCCAUUGUGGAAACCGCCAGAGCCCUGAAGAAAAUGUGAAGUCGUUUUACAAACAAAGGGCUCCCUUCGUGUUGAAAGCACUUUAUCCAUUUCCAAGUGCUUCUUACCUUCACGUAACACUUUUUUUUUCUCGUCUGGGUGCUACAGCUUUGUUCUGCAUCUCAGUCAAAGCACUGUUACAUUUCUCUAGCUCCAACACAUGUGAAUCACUGGGAGGAGAAGGCUCUAAGAACCUGGUCGUAUCAUGUUCCUCGGGUUCAGGAUUCAGAGAGCUUUUCACGAAUCUAGUCAGAUCUCACAGCCGCUGACUCAAGUUGUUUUAUUGUAGCCAUAUUCCUGUGACUGUGUGGUUUGUAUGGAGGAAAAAAAACAUGCCUUUCAUACUAUUUGUGACAAAUGGUCUUUGCGAUAUCUUUGCUCUACAGUUUCUCCUACUUGUGAAAUAAAAAAAACAUCAACUGUGAAAUUAUAUGAAGUGGCUUU